UCGGAUCUUUUUCCAUUCUCGGAUGUACUUCUGCUUGAAGCUUCUCCAUCCUUUUCGGUACACAAGUUUCAGCUUGAUUUAAUCAUUUAACAGGAAAAAGCCAAGGGAAAAGAAUCACAAUCAAAAUGCCAUCUCCUUUUAAACCUAGGGCAGUGGAGUCAACAAAUACUACUGUAAAUGCCAUUGUCCCUGAACUUCUACAUAGAGGCAAUUAUGAUAGGUGGAGCAUUUGCAUUGAAAGCUAUUUGAUUUCUGAAGAUCUUUGGGAUGGUAUUAUUGUUCCACAAAUCACUGAUCAUCAGCAGCUUAGUAAAACUCAGUUGAGAAGAAAGAAUGCUGCCUGUCUGCAUGCAAUUCAGAUUUCAUGUGGACCAGAAAAAUUUGACCUGAUAAAGGAGAUCCGUUCAGCCAAAGAAGUUUGGAAUAAGUUAGCCCAAUUACAUGAAGAAGAUCAUAAAGGAGAAGAAGAUCAUAAAGGUGAAGAUGAUGAUUCUGAGUUUAAGUUCGAAGGAGAUCAAAGUACUGUCCCAGUGAUCCAAACUUUGAAAAGGGCUGAGUCCCUAUUGUUGCUAAAUGCCAUUCACAAAGGGGAUGUUGAAGCUGUAAUGGGCUUUUAUACCGCAAAUCCACUUGCCAAAAAUGCAAUACCAGCAGCCAACUCUUCUACUACUCUUCAAUCUGCAACUCUUGCUGGUCGGUUAAAUAUUGUUGAGGCAUUGGUCAACAUAAUCCCAAAAGAGAUAGAAGAGGCACAUUAUUACGAGGCAACAGCUCUUGGCAUUGCUGCCGUGUAUGGAAUGACUGAGAUUGCGAAAUGCUUGGUUAGAUAUAGUCAGAAGUUGCUUACUAUCACUGAUGUGUAUGGGCGUAUCCCGCUUGUAGCAGCAUGUUCUGGAGGUCAUAAAGAGCUGACAUAUGCACUCUAUUCUGUCACUCCGUUUGAUGUCCUACUCCCCGAAUAUGGAAAUCAUGGAUUUAAUUUACUGCGCGGGUGUUUUAGAGCCAAAACUUUUGAUAUUAUGUUCGAUAUACUCAGCCGUUGUCCAAGUAUAAUUAACGGAUGCUGGAAUGAUCUUCUUUAUGGAUUUGCCACAACACCAGCAGCGUUCGUCACUAGAAGUAGGCUGACGUUUUGGCAACAGUGGAUCUGUGAUCGUUUUAAGGUAAGCAUACCUUCUGUUUCCACCUCUAGUUGUCGUGUUCCUAUUAACCAGCAAGAAGGUAACUUUGAAAAGAAGACUGCCAUAAUACCAGGAAUAAACCAAAUAUAUGAUCAAAAGAGGAAUCAUGCUUAUGCCCGUGCGAGUCUACAUUUCUGCUGUCGACACAUAUCAACUUUAGAACAAGGAGAAAUCAAUAGCAGAGCAAUCAUCGAAGCAAUCAUCCAAGCAAUCAAGCAUGGCAUUGUUGAUUUUUUAAUUGAAAUAACCGAAACUAAUCCUGACAUGCUUACCAUAUGCUCAUCUGAUACUGGAGCAAGCAUUCUCAUGGCUGCAAUUGCCCUUCGCCAAGAAAAAAUUGUCCGCUUUAUAAUUGGACUCCCUAUAGCCAAGACACUUACCCGUCUCACUGAUGGUGAGCAAAACAAUGUGUUACAUAUAGCAGGGGAAUUAGCUCCUGAUUAUCAACUUGCUCGAAUCUCAGGUGCUGCACUGCAAAUGCAAAGAGAGGAGGUUGAGAGUAUUGUUACCGAUUAUGACAGGGAUUCCAAAAACAAGAAUGGUGAAACUCCUUACCAAGUUUUCACUAGAGAACACAAGGUCUUGCUAGAGAAAGCAGAAAAAUCGAUGAAGGAAACCGCAACAUCUUAUACAGUUGUGGGUGCCCUCAUUAUCACCAUAAUGUUUGCAGCAGCUUUCACCUCUGCCGGGGGUUACGAGCAGAAUCUGCACACUCAAAAGUUGAAAGAUAUAAUAUCAUUUUCGAUAUACAUACUAUCUGAUGCAAUUUCUCUCUUUGCUGCAUCCACUUCAGUGCUAAUGUUUUUGGGGAUCCUAACGUCGCGUUAUAACAUAGAAGAUUUCCGAAGAUCCUUACCUCAAAAGUUGAUGAUUGGGCUUUCCACCCUCUUUAUCUCCAUUGCAGCAAUGAUGAUAACCUUUUGCUCAAGUCUAAUUUUCUUGCUACAAGGACGAUGGCAGUUAAUCAUUCCAACUACGUUACUUGCAGGCAUUCCAGUCAGCUUGUUUGUGUGGUUGCAAUUUCCUUUUCUUGUGGAGAUCUACAUUUUGACUUAUAGAUCACCAAAUUUUGGUGAGAAAAGAUCCUUGGCAGGCAAAAUUAAGGCAUGCUUCACAAGGAAAAAGAAGAUACUGUAAGUCUAGAUGAGGUCUGUUUUAUGUUUGCCUAUGUUAGUUCUGAUCCCACAAGCAUGAACAGCAGCAACUCCUUCAUCCUUGGUUGUAAUUGAACAUUGAUAUAUUUUGGCCGUUGUCUUUGUUAUGAAACAAAGUUAUUUGGGUGUCUUGUAUAAUUUUUUUAGAUUCAUACUCUGUUCUUCCCACAAGAAAUUUGGUGUUUGGUGCUUAGCUUUUGUUAGUCUGUUUAUCUGAAUUGUUAUGUUAGUCUACACAUUUUUCCUUUCUAGAAAAGGUUACCGUAUCCAUCAUGCUAUUUUAGAAAAGGUCAAGUCACCAAAAAAAAUCUCAACUCUCAGAUUUUGAUUUUUCCGUUUUUUUUUUUUUCAUUUCUGUAUAAAUUGAUGUCAAUUUU